CCCGGGAAGCGGGGCCGGGAAUCGGGGGAUUCCUGUGGGAAGCGCUGAGCCCUUGGUCUCCGUGGCUGCGUGUUGUUAGCGCUGUGUUUUCCACGGGCCGAGCGGCGAUAGCCCGGGGAUGGAGCGAACGCACCGGCUGGAGCUGUUCCCGGAGCGCAGCGUCACGCUGCUCCUCUUCCAGCACGUGAAAAAUGCCGCUGCUCUGCGGAAAAAAGCCAUGGAAGGCUCCAUCGAGGGAGCACUGAUAAACCCUGCGAUGAUUGUAGAUCCUUUUCAGAUUCUUGUGGCAGCCAACAAAGCAGUGCAUCUACAGAAGAUAGGUAAAAUGAAGACCAGAACGCUCUAUGCAGAAAUUAUUUUCAGCCUUUCACCGAGCAACAAUAUUUCAGAUGCAUUUAAAAAGUUUGGCAUUUCAGACAGCGACACAGCAGUGCUCAUUGUGCUGGUUGUGGAUGGAGACAAGAACAUCAAUCUGGCAGAUAUAACAUCUCAGGUGGAAGGCCAGCAGGUUUCCCUAGAUGAACUCCCCCAGCUAACAGACACUGCCAAAGUUAAAAAGAUGUACAAAGUCACUCCACAGGAAGAAAAAAUUGGCACCUUAUUGGAUAGUGUUGUUUGCAGAAUGUCAACAAAAGAUGUUUUGUGAAAAGGUGGAAAUAAAUUUCAGAGGAAGUGAAGUAGUACUGAGUAGUGUGAUGACAUCUGAGCUUUAACCGAGCUUGGACACAAGGGUGACCUGAGCUGUGUUCUAAGCACAGACAGCAUGCCAAGCAGAACUUGCCAUUGACAUUGUGGUCCUUUUUCUUGACAAAGGAGAGUUGGCAGUACUUUAAGCUGAACUUAAACAAAAGGCUUGGAAAUUUGUACUUUCUUUUGUCAAAUGUUUUGGUAGUCCCAGAGAGAGUUCAAACAUUGUAAAUCAUUUUUGUUAACUGUGCUCUGAUUUGUUUUGGUUUGGCAACCCAAUGGAUGAUAUCCUUUUAACAAUGCUACUGCCAGAAAAGGCAUCUUUACAGCCCAAGUAUUUCUGAUGGAUUAGAAAGGGGAAAUUUUCCAUAAACAAUCAGCAGCAUCUCCCUCUUUGUGCUCCUGGGACAGAGUUGCUACCCACCCCUUGAGGACAGGAAGGGUGCCAUGCCAGCCAGUGGCAGUGUGCAGCAGGGGUGUCAGAGAUGUGCACAAUGAAGAAUGAGGUCAGUGGGUAGUGCUGUGGUGGUGUUAGCACCUGACACUCUGAUGUCAUCCACUGCUGGCUAUAAAGGAUAAGGAGCUUUUACUUCAUGACAUUGGUUUAUGCAUGAUGAUGCUGAACUUAGAGCCUGGUUACAGGUGCAGAAUUCACAGACAAAUUUCCACCAUAGGUUGUAUCCAUUGAAUUGUCAAUAGAGCUUACAUAGUAUUCUUAAAGGACAUAAAACUUGGUGUUCUGAACCACUGCUAGGGAAGGCCAUCAAAGGGAACUAGGAGGACUGUUGAUUUCCAGUAGUCACCAGGUGCAACAGCUGUGAAUGUGUAUCAUUUUAUCACAUGCAAGCAUCCUAAGUACUGUCCUAAUUAGGUAGAAAUCCAUACUCAUUGUUAUUAUUAUGGUGUAUUGUUUUUCUAAGAUGUGCAUAAAAUUACAGCUGUCUGCAUUUUUUUUCCUGAUGUUUUCUGAGGUAUUAUGAUUUGUGUAAUUAAAAGAUCUUUGGAAGAGAAUGCCUCACAUUCUUACACAAAGAUUUUGAAGGAGAGGUAGGCCUUAGAGUUCAUAAUAGUACAGUAAAUAGACCAGUGAACUAACAUAUAGACAUGGUUUUGUCUGUGUUUCUGUGUUUAAUACAGAAAUGUACAGCUUCAGUUUUGCAUUUUGAUUUCAUUUAAGUUUUCCCUUAGUUAAAACACAGUAGUACAAGUCCCAUCCUUUUCUUACCAACCAAACCAAUGGCAAAUUUAGUUACAAAAUACUAAGGGAAUGACAAGGUUUAUCAAAGGAUUAGGGGCAAAUGGCUGUGCUGACAUCUUGCUGUAAAGAUGGCUUUACAGAAUGCAUCAUCCUCUCUAAAGGGAAAUGUGAUGCAGUAGUAAAAAAUGGAGCUUGGAAGGACUUGAGUCUUCAAAAGUCUGUCACAACAGCAUGUGAGAAUGACCAUGGAAAAUAAAGAGACUUGUUUUCCUUUUCUGACAGUCCAGUUGGUACAUGGAAUAUAUCAUAAGGUUCACUGGCUGAACUGCAAUGUUUUUGUUAGUUUAAAAUAACAGCAGACAGGCUUACUUAAACCACUGCCUUUUUUGAGCACGUGUAAAACAUCUGUCCAGUCUGUUUAGUACAGGAGAAUAGUAAUAAAAUUAUGACUACAUAAAGUUUUGACACACCAAUUCCAAACUUGAGUUCCCAGUUUCUACUUCUCCAUCUAUUUCAUUGGUGUAGAGAAUUAAAUAGCUCAUUACUGUUGACAUAAGUUAAAUUGUGAUUUACUGUGAGACCCAAAUGAGGUGUUUUCAUGAGUGGAUUUACAGGAAAUUAUUUUGGGAGUUGAAGUCUCCAGUGUCAUUCAGUCAGGCAGAUGAUUUGAGGCUGUUUGUGUUGAAGACUAUGCCCUGCAAGACCACCGGUUUUCACAAGAUGUGGUUGCAUUAUCCAACUUAAAUGAGUUGUUUACAAAAACUGAUAAUAAAAGUAGAUUUUGUUCACCCUGCAAA